AUGCCUAAAUAUUUAAUUCAAUUUGCCCAAUUUCAUGAAGAAUUUAGAUUACCAGAAUUGGAAUCUUUGGCAAAAAUUGAAAAUGUAAAUUUAUCUUUUAAUAUAAAUGAUUAUAAAAAAGAUUGUCCUUUUUUUAUAGUAAAUAUUGAAACGGAAGAAGAAGCUAACCGGCUUAUCAGACGUGCAAUUUUAGUAAAAAAUAUAUAUGAAUUAUGGGGAAUGGGUGAAAAUUAUGAGAAAGUUCAUGAACAAGUAAAAGCAAAUCCAGAGAGAUGGUCUCAAUAUGAGUACAAAUCUUUUAAAUUUAUAAUAUCAGCUUUUGGUUCCACAUGUCCUUCAGAUUAUCAAGUUCGUAUAAUCAAUUCUUUCUCAUAUCUUGGAUUUAAAGGAGAUAUUAAUUUAAAAAAUCCUCAAGUACAAUUUGGAGCUUUGGAAGAUUAUGGAUUGGAUCCAUCUUUACCUGCUCCACCGCCAAAUCCUUACAUGAUAUAUUUUGGUCGAUUGAUAGCAUCUGGAAAUAGGGAUCUUAUUAAAAAAUAUAAUUUGAAACAAAGAGAAUAUAUUGGAAACACCUCAAUGGAUGCUGAAUUAUCAUUAAUUAUGGCCAAUCAAGCUUUAGCUGAACCGGGUAAAUUAAUUUAUGAUCCAUUUGUUGGUACAGGUAGCUUUCUUUUUACUUGUGCUCAUUAUGGAGCAUUUACCAUGGGAUCGGAUAUUGAUGGUAGACAAAUUCGUGCCAAUAAAUCCAUAAAAUCAAAUAUUGAACAAUAUAAUCUACAUGGUAAAGUCCUUGAUACUUUGGUUUUUGAUAUAUGUCAUCACCCGUGGCGAGAAAAUUUAUGGUUUGAUGCAAUAGUGACAGAUCCACCUUAUGGUGUUAGAGCAGGUGCAAAAAAACUUGGAAGGAAAAAUCCAACGAAAAAAUCUCAAGUACCAAAACCGAUUGAUGGUAUACCAGCACAUAAACGUGAAGAUUAUUAUCCUCCCACAAAACCAUAUGAAAUGUCUGAAGUUCUAGUAGAUCUAUUAGAAUUCGCUGCACGAUAUUUAGUCAUUGGAGGUCGUUUAGUGUACUGGCUUCCAACAAUAGUAGAUGAUACAGAUAUUCCUGAACAUCCCUGUAUGAAGUUCAUUUCAAAUAGUGAACAAAAUUUUGGACAAUGGAGUAGAAGAUUAACAACGAUGGAAAAAUUUAGAGAAAAUGUAAAAGGUGAACAUGCGAAUGUUAAUACAAUAAAAGGAUAUGAUAAUCUAUCAACGUUGUAUCAAAAGAAAAAUAAUAACGAAAGUGAAGAAAAUACAGAUGAAAAUAUUAAUACAAGUUGUGAAAAACAACAGGAUAGUGAUAUUGAGAAAAAACCUGGACAUUAUUUAUUUCGGGAGAAGUAUUUCUCGUUUAAAUCUAAAGAAAAGUCACAAAGAGAAGAAUCAUGGAUUAGAUUUAAAAAAUCAGAAAAUAAAUCACCUUCAACCACCACCGAUAAUAAUAUUGAUACAUAA